AUCUCUCUCUCUCUCUCUCUCUUACAAAAAUACGGCUUUUUUUUUUUAAUUUUGAUUUUUCAAAAACCGUCCGGCAUGGAAAAUAAAUGAUUUCCUUCUUUUUAGUGUCCUUUAUAUUUCUCCUCUUUCUAAAUUUCUCUCUCUGUAAUGCUCUCAUUCAUUGAAAAAAAUGGCUUCCAAUUCUACCGGCAGAACGACGUCGUUGUCCUCUCACAGAGCUGACAGACACCAGCAGCAGCAGCAACAGCAACUUCCUUCUUCUCUUGGAUCUUCUUCUGCUUCUUCGUCUUCGAAUUCUAGUUCAAGAAAUGUGACACAGCAGAAUCCCAACCAUCACUCACUUCGUUCUAAGGCUCCCGCUUCUUCACGCCGCUCUGUUACCCCUACUUCUCGUUCUUAUUCUUCUCACAAUGAUGACGAUAACGAUCCUGGAAGGGUGAGAGUUGCUGUCAGACUACGACCAAGAAACGCUGAAGAACUUAUUUUGGACUCCGACUUUUCUGAUUGCGUCGAAUUGCAGCCAGAGCUGAGAAGGUUGAAAUUGAGGAAAAACAACUGGAGUUCUGAAUCAUAUAAAUUUGAUGAAAUAUUUACCGAAAAUGCCUCUCAAAAGCGUGUUUAUGAAGCAGUAGCAAAACCUGUUGUUGAGGGUGUACUGAAUGGAUAUAAUGGGACAGUUAUGGCUUACGGUCAGACAGGUACCGGAAAAACUUAUACGGUUGGCAGAUUGGGCAAAAAUGAUGCAUCUGAGCGUGGUAUCAUGGUUAGAGCUCUAGAAGACAUACUUGCUAAUGCAAAUCCUGCUUCUGAUAUUGUUGAAGUCUCCUAUUUGCAGUUGUAUAUGGAAUCUAUACAAGAUUUGCUUGCGCCAGAGAAGAUUAAUAUCCCUAUUAAUGAGGACCCAAGGACAGGGGAUGUGUCAUUACCUGGUGCUAUGGUGGUCAGAGUUCGUGAUCUUGAUCAUUUUUUUGAACUACUGCAAAUUGGUGAGGCAAAUCGACAUGCUGCUAAUACAAAGCAGAACACAGAAUCUUCACGCAGUCAUGCAAUUCUAAUGGUUUAUGUACGAAGAUCCAUCCAUCAAAAGUUAGAUGAAAUCAAUUCUCAAGAUAUGACAACUGAUUUGGCUGGUGGCAAUGGCAUUCCUAGAGUUAGAAAAAGCAAGCUGCUGAUUGUUGAUCUUGCUGGAUCCGAAAGAUUGGAUAAAUCUGGCAGUGAAGGUCGGUUGCUAGAGGAGACUAAGUUCAUUAAUCUUUCUCUAACUUCCCUUGGCAAAUGCAUAAAUGCAUUGGCUGAAAACUGUCCACACAUACCUACAAGGGAUUCUAAGCUGACCAGAUUGCUGCGUGAUUCAUUCGGAGGCUCCUCGCGGACUUCUCUUAUAAUAACAAUUGGGCCAUCUUCACAGCAUCAUGCAGAGACGACCAGCACAAUUAUGUUUGGGCAACGGGCAAUGAAAAUAGUAAACAUGCUUAAGCUUAAAGAAGAAUUUGACUAUGAAAGUCUAUGUCGGAAACUUGAGAUUCAAGUAGAUCACCUUACUGUAGAAAUAGAAAGGGAACGGAAAUUGAGAGAGAGUGAAAAAUAUGACUUGGAAAAGCAGCUCAAAGAAUGUCAAGACUCGUUUGCUCAAACAAUGAAGAAUCUAGUCACAAGGUCUGAGUUUUUAGAGAAGGAAAAUUCUCAACUGGAAUUGGAGAUGAAAGACAUCUUAAAUGAAUUGGACCAUCAAAAGGGUCAGAAUGAUUUAAUGCAUGGUAAAAUUGAACAGCUGGACAUGAGUUUGAAACAUAGCCAGCAACAGCAGCUGGAAAAUUCUACCAAUCAGAAAGUACUUGCUGACACCACUCAGAUGUAUGAAAAGAAAAUAUCAGACCUAAACAGGCAGCUUGAAGACAAGCAUGCUCAUUGUGAAAGCUCAGAGGAACAACUAAAUUUGAUGAUGAAGCUCCUGAAUGAUGGUCAAAGAUCAAUUAAGCAACAUGAGGCAGAAAACUCCACAUAUCAGAAAGCACUUGCAGACACCACUCAAAUGUAUGAGAAGAAAAUGGCAGAGUUAAAUAAGCAGCUAGAAGAUGAACAUGCCCAUACUAGAAGUGUUGAGGAACAAUUAGAUAUGACGAAGAAGCUCCUAAGUGAUAGUCAAAAGUUAAAUCAGCAAAGGGAGGUGGAAAAUUCUAUGUAUCAAAAAGCACUUGCAGAAACCACACAGCUUUAUGAGAAGAAAAUAGCAGACCUAGUUAACCAAUUAGAGGAUGAGCAUGCCCAUUUUGAAGGAGUGGAAGAACAACUGGAUCUAGCCAAGAAGCUUCUACGUGAUCAACAAGACGCAAUUAAGGAUCUGGAAGGGAUUGAAGAACUAAGGGGCAAGUUACAAGAAAUGUAUCAGCUACAUGAAAUCACUCAAACUGAACUCCAGUCCUUGAAGUCAGACAACAAUGAGCUGUUGCAUGAAAAGGCAACACUAAAUGAAGAAGUUAGUGACCUGAAGCGAAGACUUUCAGUUGAAAUAAAGCAAAGGAAGAGCAUUGAACAUGAGCUGGCCAAACUAAAGACGAGUGAACCUGAAAGUGACAAUAAAUUUGAGGAUAAGCAAUCAUACAUGAAGGAAAAAGUUGGUAAAGGAUCACACAAGUCAAAUCCUUCAAGGGAGAUACUAUCUGGUCAGAGGGCUACAAUUGCUAAGAUAUGUGAAGAAGUUGGACUGCAAAAGAUACUACAGUUGUUGAUGUCUGAAGACUCUGAUGUCCAAACCCAUGCAGUGAAAGUGAUUGCCAAUCUUGCUGCUGAAGAUAUUAAUCAAGAGAAGAUUGUGGAGGAAGGAGGGUUAGAUGCAUUGCUUAUGCUGUUGAAAUCGUCACAAAAUGCAACUAUACUUAGAGUGGCUUCUGGGGCCAUAGCCAAUUUGGCAAUGAAUGAAAUGAAUCAGGGGUUAAUAAUGAGCAAAGGUGGUGCACGACUGCUUGCAGUGACAGCAUCCAAAACAGAUGAUUCACAAACUCUUAGAAUGGUAGCUGGUGCACUAGCUAAUUUAUGUGGAAAUGAAAGGUUACAUAUGAUGCUGAAAGAAGAUGGAGGCAUAAAGGCGCUCUUGGAAAUGGCAAGAUCCAAGAAUAAUGAUGUUGUUGCACAAGUUGCAAGGGGUAUAGCUAAUUUUGCAAAAUGCGAAUCUCGAGGCAUACUUCAAGGACACAAAAAGGGCCGUUCACUACUAAUGGAAGAUGGUGCUCUUGAAUGGUUAAUUGCCUACUCUAACACUACUUCGGUGUCAACCAGGCGCCAUGUUGAGCUUGCUCUUUGUCAUUUGGCUCAAAAUGAGGACAAUGUCAAGGAUUUCAUUUCUGGAGGAGGUGUUAAAGAACUUGUACGAAUAUCAGUUGAAUCUAGUAGGGAAGAUAUCCGUAACCUUGCAAAGAAGACCCUGAAAAUGAACCCAACAUUUCAAGCUGAUAUACGUUGGGAGUAGCAGUAAAUUGUCAAGCUUUCAUACUCUCCCCCUAAUAGUAUAAUGCUUGGGUACAAAAUCAAUAGUAAAUUUGGCAGAAAAUUCUCUGAUAAUUUUUUGAACAGCUGUCCUGGCAAUUUUCGUUUUUCUUGGGCUUAAGAUCUAAAUUAGACCCUCAACUUUCACCAAAUAUGCAGUGUGAUAUGUAUAGUUCAAUUGUAUCAAUUAAGCCCUUCAAUGUGUCGGUCAUUAGCGCACUAUUAGAAGAGCAUAUAACUUGAAGGGGAAAUGGCUAAAAAAUCUAGAACUUUAUUGUGCUCUAAAACUUUUAUUAUUAUUAUUAUUAUUAUUAUUAUUAUUAUUAUUAUUUAUUUA